UUGUUGCUUUUGGUCUUCCUGGCCCAGCUUGGAACUUCCCACCUCGGGAUUGGAAAUCCUGCUCACAAAGCCGGGCUAGCUCGGGCUGCAGACAGGACACAUGUCCAGAACCCGGGGCUGAGCGGCUGUGCCUUCCUCACAUACUGCGCCAGGGACUCUGCUAUCAAAGCUCAGACAGCCUUGCACGAGCAGAAGACCCUGCCAGGGGUCUUUCUUUGUUGAGAUCUUCGGUUGGUGUCCAGUCACAGCUCCAGGCCUCAGUUUUCCCAGCCGUGCCUCCUCCACCCAGCAGACAGGAAGACUAAGGUUCAGAGAGGGAAGGCGACCUGCCUGAGGUCCCCAGACCUAAGCAUCUACUCUCUGAGAUCGACGGUCCCGCGCAUGGCGCGGCCGAUCCAGGUGAAACCGGCAGACAGUGAGAGCCGUGGAGGUAGGGACCGGAAGCUGUUCGUGGGCAUGCUCAACAAGCAGCAGUCGGAGGAAGACGUGCUCAGGCUCUUCCAGCCCUUUGGUGUCAUAGACGAGUGCACAGUGCUUCGAGGACCAGAUGGCAGCAGCAAAGGCUGUGCCUUCGUGAAGUUUUCUUCCCACACAGAGGCCCAGGCUGCCAUCCAUGCCUUGCAUGGCAGCCAGACUAUGCCGGGAGCGUCCUCCAGCCUGGUGGUCAAGUUUGCCGACACGGAUAAAGAGCGGACAUUGCGGCGUAUGCAGCAGAUGGUUGGCCAGCUGGGCAUCCUGACGCCAUCCCUCACCCUGCCCUUCAGCCCCUACAGUGCCUACGCCCAGGCUCUCAUGCAGCAACAGACAACAGUGUUGUCCACCUCUGGCAGCUACCUGAGCCCCGGUGUGGCCUUCCCUCCCUGCCAUAUCCAGCAGAUUGGUGCCGUCAGCCUUAACGGUCUGCCUGCCACGCCCAUCGCUCCUGCCUCUGGGUUACACUCACCCCCACUGCUAGGCACUGCCGCUGUUCCAGGCCUGAUGGCGCCCAUUCCCAAUGGCUUCCCCGGCGUCCUGCCCUUUCCCGGGAGUCACCCUGCCCUGGAGACUGUGUAUGCCAAUGGCCUUGUGCCCUACCCAGCUCAGAGCCCCACUGUGGCAGAGACCCUCCAUCCUGCCUUCUCCGGAGUCCAGCAGUACACAGCCAUGUAUCCCACCGCGGCCAUCGCGCCCGUGGCACACAGCGUUCCGCAGCCUCCGCACCUCCUGCAGCAGCAGCGCGAAGGUCCCGAAGGCUGUAACCUGUUUAUCUACCACCUCCCCCAGGAGUUUGGAGACACGGAGCUGACCCAGAUGUUCCUCCCCUUCGGCAAUAUCAUCUCCUCCAAGGUGUUUAUGGAUCGGGCUACCAACCAGAGCAAGUGUUUCGGAUUCGUGAGCUUUGACCACCCAGCCAGCGCGCAGGCGGCCAUCCAGGCCAUGAACGGCUUUCAGAUUGGUAUGAAGAGGCUGAAGGUGCAGCUGAAGAGACCCAAAGACCCAGGACACCCGUACUGACCACGCCCACAGCCCUUCAGUGCUGUGGGUGUGGCCCCAGGUGAGCCGCCAGGCGGCCCUGUUUUCUGCCCAGCCCUGGUGUCAUUCACUCUCCUCCCAUCCCAAGCUCACUCUCUAGAUUCUGGGGGCGGGAGUGGCACUCCAAGAGGCCAACUGGGGAUUCAAACCCUCCCCCAUUACCUUGUGGCUUGGGUGGCAGAGAGGGUGGGAUUAGGGUGGGGAAACCGGAGAGAAAGCUAGGAUGUUCCACCCAGGGGACUUCCUUCCCAGGGAAAGUUUUGAAGAACGAAUAGAAGUUCACUACAGUGAACUUCUGGUUUGGGACUUGUGGUCUGGGGUGCAGGAUGUGAUGGGCGGGGCUUCUAUCCCAUCCUGUGAAGCUGCAAGCCGAGAAGCCCUAAUCCAGAGAAAGGAUCUGUGUCCUACAGUUGAACUUGGAAUGCCCAGUUAAGCUUGGCCCAGGACUGAAGCAGAGGAAAUGGGGACACAUCAUAGCCUUGUGGUCCCCCACCUCUGUCCCCACCAGCUCCCGUGGACCCUGAGAGUCCUGUCUUCUAAUUUCAUGCCCAGUGGGUUAACAAAACCCAGAGUGUCGCUUGCACUCUCACAAAACAACACAAAACCAAAUACCCGAACAAACAAGCAAAAAACCCCAAAAGCCAAUUUCCCCUUCAAUAGUCUCAGCAUUUUCUUUGGGACUGAACUGAUUUUAAAAGGUGGAACCAACUGCACAAUGACUUCAUGGAGGUGACAGCUCGGCUACCCAGCAGCAGCAGCCUACAGAGCACCCAGGAAUACUUUAUUUUUAGUGUUUUUGUUUUUGUUUCUCUUUUCUUUUUUCUUUUUCUUUCACGGCCCAGCCCAGGGCCUGGUAGAGAUCGACAGUCUUUAAUCCUUCAGUGUUUUUUGUCCAUUAUCUGGGUCUUUUGGGCUUUAUCUAUUUUGGCUUCGAUUAGGAAACCCACGAAUCAGGUAGAAACCCCCAGACGGCUGCCAUAGUUCCAGUUUUAACCCAGUGUCCUGCGGACCAUCUGCUCUGGGCUGGGGAGGGAGGUUCCACGUCAGGAGCAAAUGUCCCCAGACUGAUGGUGACUGUCAGGAACUGUUGUUUUGAAAAACACUGGGGUUUUCUUGCCAGGACAGAGCGGGGCAGGGUGUUCUGUGCCCCUCCCCCCUCCGCUCUACUAUUCCCCAAUAUCCCCAUCCUCCCCAGGUUGAGCGGUUCCCGCUUCCAACCACUCCAGGACUUUUAUGUAAAUUACAGCCAAGUUUGGACACCAGCUCUCCCAGUGACCCCCUUCCCCCAAAUCCCGAAGCCACCGAAAGCCACUUGAGUUACAGAAGGCUCCGUGGUGUGUCGUGGGACAGGGGACAGGAGUCCAAGCCCGGGUCUGAGGGGCCCAUACACUGCCAAUCACCCGCCCCUCGGCUUGAGGACACCCCCCACCUGACUCGGAGGCUUUCCAGGUCAGCCAGUAUCCCCCUUAGCCAGGAUUCCCCACCCCCAACUUCCUAUUCCCCGUAGCUGCGCAUAGACAUGCGCGCACCAUAGACAAUAUAUUUUUGGAGAAUGAACCACAGCGGCCAAACUCCGUCCAAGGAGGUGGCACUGAGCCGGCCAAUCAUCGGGGACCAAGGACAGACCAGCUGAGGCCGGCUGGAUGCCAAACCAGGACCCCCGUCAACACCAUAUACCUCCAGUUUUUGGGGUCUCCACGGCUGCCGCCCCCACCCUGCCCCUCCCGCUUUCAUAGCCUUACUUGGGUGACCAGGUGUCCUUAGCUUCCUGCCAGGGAAGCCUCCUGUCCCCCACUGCCCAACCAGAUUGCACCCCCACCCCAGCCCCUCCUCCAAUCACCAGCCGUAAACUGAAAGUCUUGUACCCGAGGUCACCGUGAGUCAGACGUGGCCACACCGGACCCGGUUGCUGACCCCGCGGAUUCCUUUUUCCUCUCUUCUCUCUCUCUCUUCUCUCUCUCCUCUCCCCUCCCCUCUCUCCUCUCUCUCAUCUAUCUAUCUAUCUAUCUAUCUAUCUAUCUAUCUAUCUAUCUAUCUAUCUAUGGUGGUGGUCUUUUUCUAAGUGAGUGCCAACAAGACCACAGAGAAGAGCACGCAGGGGUGCAGGGACUCACUGAUAAUCCGCUUUUGAUUCCUAGUUGGAGGUUUGGGAAGACUUUGGUGGGGAAGCCACCCCUUGUAUAUUUUACCCAGCCUACCCACACACCCACCACAAAGCACAGAGUCGUUAAUUUGGACAUCCCACCAAGAGGGGGUGAGGGGGUGGGGGUGGGGUCUUAAUCUCUUACGACAAGUCCAAAAGCAAACAAAAGAGACAACGUUUUUUAAGGUUUAAAAAAGAAAAUGUAAAGAAAAAAAAAUCCCUUUUCGUUUCUACCAAAAUGUUUGUUGACUGACCUAAAUUGGGGGGUGGGGGGGAGCGAACAAACAACAAAAAAAAAACCACCCUGAUUCUGCCCACCUUGUUUCGCGUUUCCGGUUUGAUGAUCCCUUGUUCUGAACGUAACACAGUAAGACUGUGUUAUGAAGUGUGCGAACGUGUGUGUCCGGGAUGUCGCUGUGUUUUCCCCCCACCUCUGCCCCUUGCAGGUUGCCCGCUGAGUGCGUGCUGGCGUGCGCUGGCGUGCGCACCGUCUAGUUCAUGUUUACGAGCUGUAAAUACCAUUUUUAUACUCCACACGAGAGACCCUAUGUGAUUUGUACAACGGGCUUAAUUUCUGCUACAAUGAAUUUCGUGAAAUUUCAAACUUCAAACAAUUUUGAAGAAGAGCAGAGAGAGAAGGCCGAGGGUGGAGAGGGAAUGUGGGGUUUGAGUCCCCGUGCCUCCUGUUCGUGUGCGAAGGAGCAAGCUUCUCAACGGCAAAUCACCUCUCCUUGGUCUGGAAAGAAAAACGAAAAACAAAAACCUAAAAGUUUAUUUAAUAAAAGUUUUACUUGUUAA